CCCAGCUGCGGGGAGUAACCGCGGUGGACCGGGCCGGCGCUCUCAACCUCGUCUUCGCCCUUUGUCGACCCCUUGGGUCCUCACAGCGGGGCAAGGAGCUCUCUUGGGCCGAGCGCCCGCUCUGCUAGGCGAACCUGCAACCCGGAAAGGCGGUGCGGCAGAGCCCAGAGCUGGAUCCUGCUCGGACCGGGGCCCCGCAGGCCGGUGCCACCGGCAUGUCUGAGGCGCGGAAGGGGCCGGACGAGGCGGACGAGAGUCAGUAUGACUCCGGCAUAGAGUCUCUGCGCUCCCUGCGCUCCCUGCCCGAGCCCACCCUGGCCCCAGCCUCUGGGCCCUCGGAACGCAGCGGCCCACAGCCCUGGACCCAUCCUCCCAGGACCUCCACGGAACCACAGAAGGAAGACGCGGAUGGGGAACGGGCUGACUCCACCUAUAGCUCCUCUUCGCUCACCGAGCCCCUGCCUUUGCUUGGGGACCCCGAGGCCAAGGACCUGACCCCAGGCUCACCGCUCCCUUCCGCGGGGGCGCUGAGCCCUCAGCAGCUGGAAGCCCUCACUUACAUCUCUGAGGACGGAGACACGCUGGUCCACCUGGCGGUGAUUCACGAGGCCCCAGCGGUGCUGCUCUGUUGCCUGGCUUUGCUGCCCCAGGAGGUCCUGGACAUUCAGAACAACCUUUACCAGACAGCACUCCAUCUGGCUGUACACCUGGACCAGCCAAAAGCAGUUCAGGCAUUGGUGAUGAAGGGGGCCAGCCGAGUGCUACAGGACCGACAUGGUGACACAGCUCUGCAUGUGGCCUGCCAGCGCCAGCACCUGGCCUGUGCCCGCUGCCUGCUGGAAGAGCACCCAGAGCCAGGCAGAGGACUGUCUAACUCCGUGGACCUCCAGCUGCAAAACUGGCAAGGUCUGGCCUGUCUGCACAUCGCCACGCUGCAGAGGAACCAACCACUCAUGGAACUGCUGCUUCAGAACGGAGCUGACAUUGAUGCACAGGAGGGCACCAGUGGGAAGACAGCGCUGCACCUGGCUGUGGAGACCCAGGAGCGGAGCCUGGUGCAGUUCCUGCUCCAGGCUGGUGCCCGAGUAGAUGCCCGCAUGCUCAAUGGGUGCACGCCCCUGCAUCUGGCAGCUGGUCGGGGCCUCGGCAGCAUCUCAUCCACUCUGUGUGAGGCGGGUGCUGACUCCUUGCUGCGGAACGUGGAGGAUGAGACGCCCCAGGACCUGGCUGAGAACCCUUUUACUCUUUUGCCCUUUGAUGACCUGAAGAUCUCGGGGAAGCCACUUCUGUGUGCCGACUGAAGCCAGGGCAGGGUCUGGGACCCUGGGGCUCCAUCUCCUUAGUCUGGAAACUGGGGCCAUAGCUGCUGCCAUUUGGGCCCAGGAAAUGUGCCCUCGGACUGCUGAGGCCAGAGCCUGGGGCCAGCAUAGUCCUGAGCUGAGAAGGACCGCAAGCAAGAGCGAGCCAGUCUCGAAGGAAGAACUUCCCAGGUGGUCGGAGAUUCUCGGAAGACCCCAAAAAGCCCCAGGUAUCCUGGGUGACACCCAUUUGCCUCGCUUAACAUGGCAGGGGCUCCCGUUUCCACCCACGUUGGGUCAGCCUGAAACAGCGCACGCGUGGGAGAACGUGGAUUCUCCUGUGUGAGAAGAGACUGAAAUGGGAGCAAGCAGGCCCCUGAGGAGGGCCCAUCUUACUGCUACCAGGACUCCCAAAACACUGUUGUCGAAAGACUUGACACACAGAAGACCCUGAACUGAGCCUCUGGGGAAGGGAAGUUUCAUUAACAUGACACUAAAAUGGCAAGACUUUUAAAAAGCUUUCCCUUCUAGAGUCAUUUAGGCAGUGCAUGUCUUUGUGCUUUGGGGACUUGUAGGUAGACCUGCCUUGUGCUCUUGUGGUAGAGGCCGGGAAGAACAUUGUCCCCUGAACCAGGGUAGGGCCUGGCUGAGUGGGUAGAAGGGCUAAUGGUCCUCAGGCCUUUCUCUGUCCAGCGCAGACCCUUGUCCUUUCUGUGGAUACUGAAGGAUGGAGAGGGAGGAGAAGACGACUCACAAGCCCUGGAGGCCUCACCACUGUCAUGGAGGAGCCAGGAAGAAGGGUGGUUUGGAAAGGCCAGGUGUGGGGAGGUGGGAAUGUGGCUUUUUGCCUUUUUCCUCCCAUUCCACAUGUUUGCUGACCUAUGCUGGCAUGAAGAACACCGGGGAAUAAGCCAACAUGGUCUCUGGACAUUCAAACUUAAAAUUUUGAGUGAGAUGGUCAGUCAUUAAACAUCAUACAUUUCAAAUAUCUAAUUA